AUGCCUAUGGAUUUGUAUUACGUACCUGGUUCGGCUCCAUGCCGUGCUGUACUACUGACAGCGAGAGCCCUUAACCUCAACCUGAACUUGAAAUUGGUUGACCUGCAUCAUGGAGAACAUCUUAAGCCUGAGUUUUUGAAGAUCAACCCACAACACACAGUGCCGACUCUAGUAGAUGACGAUCUUAUUAUCUACGAGUCCCGAGCUAUCAUGACUUACUUAGUGAACAAGUACGGCAAGGGCAGCAGCCUCUACCCUGAAGACCCCAAAGCUCGCGCCCUGGUUGACAUGCGUCUGAACUAUGAUCUUGGAACUCUGUACAACAGAUUUGCCGAUUACUUCUACCCACACUUAUUCUACGGCGCACCAGCCGAUAAGGACAAGCUAGCAAAAGUAGAGGAUGCCCUCAAAUUGUUGGACUCCUUCCUUGAAGGUCAGAAAUAUGUAGCCGGGCCCAAUCUAACUCUGGCUGACUUGAGUAUCAUCGCUGGUGUCUCCAGCUUUGAGGCAUCUGACAUUGACUUCAAGAAAUACGCUAACGUUAAGAGGUGGUACGAAACUGUCAAGACUACAGCUCCUGGAUACCAAGAAGCCAAUGAGAAAGGUCUAGAUGCAUUCAAAGCGCUUGCCGAAAAUAUGCUUAAGAAGUAA